AUGAAGCUGAACACCAGAAUUCCACCAGAAUCAACUGGCAAAAUGGGUGAGGAAAUUAGCAACAAGCAAGUGAUACUCAGCAACUAUGUCAAAACAUCUUUGAAAGAAUCCGAUAUGUCGCUGAGAACUUCCAAAAUUCAGCUCAAAAUUCCCAGCGGUUGCGAAGGCGCCGUUUUGGUGAAGAAUCUCUACUUAUCCAUCGAUCCUUUUAUUCUUGCCCUCAUGAAGAAUCAGGAGCUCGAAUUACCUUCUUUCACGCUGGAUUCUCCUAUUUAUGGAUUUGGAGUGUCGAAAGUACAGGAUUCGUCUCAUCCAAAUUUCAAGACGGGCAAGCUAGUUUGGGGGUUUACUGGCUGGGAGGAGUAUAGCCUUAUUAAAGAUCCAGACCAAUUGUUUAAGGUUCAAGAUAAAGAUUUGCCCCUCUCUUAUUAUAUAUGGAUUCUUGGCAUGCCUGGCAUGACAACUUAUGUUGGUUUUUUCAAGUUUUGCUCUCCCAAAAAGGGGGAAACUGUGUAUGUCUCUGCUGCAUCCGGAGCUGUUGGUCAGCUCGUUGGUCAGUUUGCAAAGAUCGCAGGGUGUUACGUUGUUGGGAGUGGGGGAGCAAAGAAAAGGUCGAUCUCUUGAAGAACAAAUUCGGGUUUGACGAAGCAUUCAACUACAAAGAAGAGCAAGACUAUAAUGCAGCGUUGAAGAGGUUCUAUCAUUGCUAUAAAAAUGUGUAUACUUAUUUAACAUUGAAGAAUAGUUAGUAAUUUAACACACAAUACACAUAUUUAUGUUCUUAUAUAACAAAAGAAUCCUUUUGUAUUCAACACAAAUUUCAUAAAAACUAGCAAAAAACCUCGAAGUUUGGUAAA